CUUACUGUCAAUUAUCGUAUGGAUGAUGAUGAUGAUACUAUGUACAAUUUUCAUAUGUUUACUUUGAUUUUUUCCUUAUCAUUAUCAAUACUUUGGUCAUCAUUUCGUACAUGGUCAAUGAUGAAUCGUAAUCAUGAUCUUAAUAAUACAAUGCACAUUUUUAAUUGGCAAAUUAUACCAAUAUUUAUUAAUUACAUUAUAAUAUCAGUAUCAAAUAUAAUCGCAUUCAUUCUGUUUAUAUUCAUUAUGAAUAGAAUUCUUAUUUUUAAAUAUCAAUCGAUGAUUCGAGCACUUAUAUUCACUGAUCAGCAUCAAAAACAAUUUUUACAAUAUUUAAUUGUAAUUUUUAUUUGUAAAAUUAUUGAAAUGACUAAAAAAUUGACUGAUUCAACAUCGAUUGAAAUUUUUUUCAUUGAUUGGGAACGUCCAAAAAGAAGACAAGAACAAUUUAAACGUACAAUAUCGCCUAGAAUUUCGGACAAUGUAAGCAAAGAUUCGAAUAGAAAAAUGUUUAAUGGUUCGGAUAUAACCGAUGUAAGCAUAUGGAGAAGUUAUUUUCUUGCAAAUGAAUGGCUGGAAUUAUCUGUAAGACGUCGAAUCAAUAUUGCAUUACAUCUUUUUUUAAUUGUCAUCAUUCUAGAAACAGAAGAAUUUCAUAAUUUCUGUAAACUUGCGCCACAAUCUUAUAUAAAAUUAUUGCCCAAUAAAAACUAUUCGGAUGAAAUACCUGAAUGCCAAGCCAUACGUAUACCUACAAUAGCCUCAAUAUAUAUCAUUUUAAUUUUGAUUCAAUAUUUUUAUAAAAAAUUUUUUAAAGAAAAUUUCAUAUGCAACAAACUUGAAGAAUUUAUUGAUCUUUGUUCAGUUAGCAAUAUAAGCGUUUUUUGUCUUCGUUAUAAAAAAUAUGGUUACUAUAUUCAUGGAAUUUCACCACAUGGUCAAAGUGAUGUAAAUAUGUUGGAAAUGUAUCGAUUAUUAGAUAUGGAAGAAAGUGAUCUUUGUUCAAAACGUGGUCUAUUACCAAACACUGAUCAACAAACAUUUGAAAUGUAUUUACCAUCAAUUAUUUAUGAAUAUUUUAAAGAAUAUCGUCAACGAUUAAUGGAAACAGAAUCUAUUAGUAAUAAUAAUAAUAAUAAACGACCAAUCAAAACAUUUGGUUCGAUUAAUCUAAGCGAUUUGGAUAAAACUAAAAUGGUUUCAACAUAUGUUCAAAUUAAUAAUUUUCUUAUCAAUUUUAUUGCUCAUAUGUUGGAUAAAGCUGAUUAUAGAGUACAGGAUAAAACAAGUUUAGAAUCAAUGUUGGAUUUUGAAUCAUCAUCGGUUUCGCAGGGAAUUGGAUAUUUUUACAAUGAUAAUAAUAAUUUAUUCGAGAAUAUUUUAUUCAAUGGACUUGAAACAACAUUGAUCACUUUAGAAUUGAUCACAUUUAUAAUUGUCGAUUUAGUAUCACAUGAUUUUAUUAUCGAUGCUUUUGUCACUUAUUUACUAUCAAUGUUUGCACAAAGUAUAUAUGGAAGAUUAGCACGAAAAAAUUUAGUUCAAAAAACUUUGGUCGAUGAACGAUUCCUAUUCUAAAUGAUUGAUGAUGGAUGGAUGGAUGAAUGCUCACCGCAAAAGACAUUCUUGUUUCUUCUU